UAUGGUGAAAUCACAAGAAUGUUCAGAAGUACUUAAAUAGACCAAAAAAUAUCAAAAAAUAGACAAAGAAUAGCGCAAAAUUGUAUUAGAGUUGCUAUUAAAAGAAAAAUUAUCACUAUAAGAGGUAUUCACCAUAUUUCUUAUAUUUAUCAUCUAUUUACUACUAUAUAUUGUUUAUUUGAUUAUUCAUUUCUAGGUAGCAAACAAACUUCAUUUAAAAUAUUGUACAGUCAGAACAAUCCAAAAAGCAUUUGAGAAAGAUGGUCGUAUAGGAAAAAAAGAAACCAGAAAAAAGAAGCUUAAAGUGUAGAGUAUACUCAAAGUAUCAAUAUUGAAUCCUCUUACACUCUAAAUUCAACCAUUAUGUAUUCAAUCUGAUAAUACUUAAGUAAUAUUCAUUUCUUAAAUUCUAGAUGUAUGUAGAUAAACAACCUUCUUUGAUUGAUCAAUUAAAUUUGACUAACGAAUAAAAAUAACUCAUAUCAUCCCAAUAUCACAAACUCACCCAGGCUCUAACUUCACAAAUUAAAAAGGCCACUUUAGUAUAAUAAUCACUCCUUCAAAAUCUAUUGUUAUCUACUUAGAUGGUCUUCAAAUAGAUUCUAGACCCCAAACCUUAAAUUUAAGUCAAACAAGAAUUCGAUUCAGUAUCCACCAAUUCCUACCCUUUUUAACCAAUCUAAUCAUAUCCUUAAUUUUACCCUUUGCCUAGCACCUUUCUCAGAACUUGAU